AUGGGGGAUGAGAAAUCGGCGAUCGUAAUGACCAGCAGGGAGCCGGACAGAGAGGCAGAUCGAGAGCUUCUCAUCCACGUUGCUGAAUCCGGCGGUGGCGGCGGUAGCCAUGACGACUCUAAACCUUCCUCUUCUUCUUCUUCCUCGCAUCAUCACUCCGGUCGCGAGACAUUCUCCAAAGUUAUUCGGAGCUGGGCUUCAAAAAAGUUCAUGACCGGAUGUGUUAUCCUCUUCCCAAUUGCUAUUACUUUCUAUGUAACAUGGUGGUUUAUUCACUUUGUGGAUGGAUUUUUCUCUCCAAUCUAUGCUCAACUUGGAAUCGAUAUAUUUGGUCUCGGAUUUGUUACGUCCAUAACUUUCAUUUUCGUGGUUGGAGUAUUCAUGUCAUCUUGGUUGGGGGCAUCUGUCUUGAGCCUUGGAGAAUGGUUUAUCAAAAGGAUGCCAUUUGUCCGCCAUAUCUAUAAUGCCUCAAAGCAAAUUGGUGCUGCCAUAUCGCCAGAUCAGAAUACACAGGCCUUCAAGGAAGUAGCCAUUAUAAGACAUCCACGUAUUGGUGAAUAUGCAUUUGGCUUCAUCACUUCCUCUGUUACCCUCCAGAACUAUGCUGGAGAUGAGGAACUCUGCUGUGUUUAUGUCCCUACUAAUCAUCUGUACAUUGGUGAUAUAUUCCUUGUCAGUACUAAGGAUGUGAUCAGACCUAAUCUGUCAGUCAGGGAAGGAAUAGAGAUAGUUGUCUCCGGAGGGAUGUCGAUGCCCCAGAUCCUGUCUACUCUUGAUUCUGACGUCACAGUGGAUAGAAAUAGACUGAGCACGAGCUGA